AUGGUUUGUGAUAAUUGUAAGAAAAAAAUAGGUACUGUUGCAACACAAGAAGUAUGGAAAAGUGGUUCUCGUAAUACAGUUGAAAGUGGUGGUAGAAAAUUAAAUGAAAAUAAAUUAUUAUCCGGAAAAUCGACUCGAUACAGUCCAUAUACAACAAAAUUUAGUAAAUGUAAAGUUUGUAAAGGUACAAUUCAUCAACCAGGAAGUACUUAUUGUCAAGGUUGUGCUUAUAAAUUGGGUAUCUGCACAAUGUGUGGUGUAAAAGUUUUACAAACAAAAAAUUAUCGUCAAUCAUCUGUUUAA